CGCGCGGGGCCGGGCGCACUUCCUCCGCCGCCGCCGUUGGCGGCCGGGGCCUAUGUACCAAUGGCUGCUGGGGGCCCUCGGCGCCCUCCUCGCCGCCGCUCGCCGCCCCCCGCCGGCCCCGGCCCCGCCGCCGCGCAAGAGGCCGCCCCCCAGCAUCCAGCCACCUGUGGAAGAUCCUGACCAGACCCGAACAAAAAAGCAAAAAUCAGAUUACGCCAUCUCUGGGCGUAAAGAGAAAGCUUCUGCUGAGGUGAAGUUGCCAGCCAAGGCAACAAGUGAACGCCAGAAGGCUUCAGUCAGCCAUGCCGCUCCAAUCGCAGAGCCUGCAGAAGAGACUCAAUACACUUCUAACCUUUCAUCUAAAAGACCAAGAGGUUCCGCGAUAGAAAUGCUACAAAUUGAUAAGAUGACUUGUGGAACCAGUACUUGCUUGAAUAAGGAAACACUAUCCCUUCCUCACAAGAAAAUUCCAUGUCAGAGCACAAGCAGGAAUGGCAAAUGCCACGUCAAACCUGCUUCAGACAGCAUCUUAACACAGAGGCCACCCAUUAAAGAGCGCGCUGUGCCAGAACCCACGCCUGCAGAAGCCGGCAAAAUGGGGAGGCUCUUCUGUACUGCUGAAGAGGAUGUUCAGCGAGGAGAAAAGGCGAAAUACAAACAGCUCUUGCAACUGGUGAAGGAGAAGCAUCCGAGAAGCUGCCCUAAUCCACAGCUGACAAGCUUCUGCAAUGUUCAAGCCCACUCCAAGGAACCAGUGAGGACUGUGAGUCACCUGGAAGAACAGAAACGUGGAGAAGUCCAUCCAUGUAUGAGACUAAGGACUGGUACCAAACGUUCAGAUGUUUGCAGCCCACAGUGGUCUCAGAGAAGCGAUAUGGCCAGGUGCUACGCACCAGCAGAAAACUCUCAUGGACAGGGAAGACCAGUGAAACAAGCCACUGCAGGGAGGCAGCAUGGAUCUGAAAUCUCAGAAGACCUGUUAUUCCGAUUGCAUCUGGCACCUGUUCUGUCCAAAAAACCAUCUGCCCUUGAUGUGGAAGAAAAGAAAUUCCCAAGCUCAGAAAAAACAGUAGAACGCUUUUCUCCACUCACAGAGGCCAUGGAGAGAGAGGUCGUUGCGGCACUCGGCAAAGGUGAUCCAGAGGAAGUUCUGAGCAGUGCCUUCAAACUAAAGGUCACUCGUGAGGACAUCCGCACACUGAGGAGCCUCCGCUGGCUAAAUGAUGAGGUCAUUAAUUUCUACAUGUGUCUUCUGGUGGAAAGAAAUAAGAAGGAAGGGUAUCCAGCAGUCCAUGCUUUUAGUACUUUCUUUUAUACCAAACUAAUUUCUGAGGGCUACAAAGCGGUAAGAAGAUGGACCAGAGGUGUGGAUCUCUUCAAGCAGGACCUCAUCUUAGUGCCCAUUCACCUGAGAGUGCACUGGGCACUAGUGGUCAUAGAUGUCCGAAAGAAGACCAUCAAAUACUUUGACUCCAUGGGACAAAAAGGGGACAAGAUUUGUGAAGCUUUGUUCCAAUACCUGCAAGAAGAAAGCCGAGAAAAAAGAAACCUGGAGCUGACUGUUUCAGAGUGGACUCUUCACAGCAUGGAGUCACGUGAAAUCCCUCAACAGUUGAAUGGAAGUGACUGCGGAGUUUUUAUGUGCAAAUACGCAGAUUAUAUCUCCAGAGACAAACCGAUAACCUUUACAGAGAAUCACAUGCCUUACUUCCGCAAGAAGAUGGUAUGGGAAAUAAUCCAUCAGCAGCUGCUGAGAGACAUGCACUAUUAGAGUAACACUGUGAUCACCUUGGGGUGACUAACUCCUAUUUUAGUUACUUUUCUAAUACUUUAUUUGAAAAGGCAGCAGGCACACAAAUUUUUCCUCUUUAGGCUACGAAGCAGUGGUUAAGUUGGCUUUGGGUUUGUUUUUUUCUUUUGUUUUGUUUUUUGUUUUGUUUUUGUUUUUUUUUUUUUCCCCGAUUUUGGAGACAGUAACUCUCUUUGAAAUUAGCUAACGCGCCUCAAGAGCAAGCCAGAAAGAUUGCUGUGACCCCGCCAAGGGAACGGUUAAGAACAAACGCUGUGAACCUCUGCCACCGGGAGGGAUGCUUGUACCCCGCCGCACGCACAAACGGGGCUCUCGUCUGUGGUGGUCAUCACAGCUGUGUUGGCUGAACUCACCUUCCCAAGGACGAGGUGCUCAGCUGCUGUUUCCUCAAGGAGAGUCUCCUUCUGUUUCUGGAAUAUCUACGAUCUACUUGAUUCCUAAAACUGGAUUUGUGAUGACCAUAGAAGGAAAGCGUUUAUCAUCUUUUGAUUUGUAACAAAUCCAUAGUGAAGCCCCCGUAGUUGGGGUUGGUUUAUGUUUCGUUGCUUUUUUUUGUGUUGUUUUUGUUUGUUUGUUUGUUUUGUUUUGUUUGUUUUUUUUUUUCCUGUCUCCAGGGAGUUAUCUAAUGUGAAGAGAGAAGUAUUUAUUUCUUUUUAUUAAAAUAAAUAUGUAACUUAUAUAAAGAGCCUUACUGGAAUGGAAUUCUACCUGGUAAUGAAAUAGAGUGAUUUUUUUAAUUGAAAAAAAGUUCAGUGUAUCAGUGUGUUUUUUUUUACCUCGCCUACAAUCCGCAAGGAAGAGGACUGCAGCCAGGAUGAGUAUCAGAGCACGAAAGCCUCCAAGCGGUUGUCGCGAUAUCCCGAAGGGGCAGUCAGGAGGUCGUGCAGCGGUGAGAUGAGCAAGCAGGAGCCCAGUAAAACCUAAGAGGGGAGAUUUCUCUUUUUGGGGGGGGGGAACCCAGCAGACUUCUCAGUGAGCCAACCAAAGCCUGUGUGUGCGGCUGGGUGUACUGGGACCUGUCUCCACGCAGUGUGGCGGUGCACGGCGGCGGAAGCUGCUUUAUUGCUGCCUCAUUGCCCCAGUGCCACAGGUGCUGCCUCCACGCCUCCGCAGAAGGAAGAACUCACGUGAACUCUCAGACCAAGCUACCUUAGUUUAAACAUGGUGUUUUCCCCUUUCUUUUCUUUCUGUUUGUUUUCUUUCAGGUUAUAGUCCAGAACUGGAGUAGGAUUUCAGACCUGCCGUUUACCAUCCCGGAGGAAAGAUUGCCCCGUAGCCGGUUCGGAAGCCACGAGUUGGAAUGCUUGGAUAAAUAACCACGUCGGGUUGUUUCUGCAAUGGCACAGUUCCCAUAAUGUAAGGUGGUUCCUGGCUGGUGACAAGGUCUGCCCUCUCUUCAGCUUUAUAAAAUGGUGAUUUUGGGGGCCAUCCCCUCUGUCGUCGUGGGUGCGGUCAGCCUUCACGGUGCUGCGCCUUUGCCUGAAGAUCUGCUGCCCUGGGAAAGCUGAUGCAGUGCUUGAUCUGCGUUCAGGGCUCAGCAGCUGCACCGGUCUUUGCUUUCAAACUGAUUAGCUUAAUCCGUCCACAAAAUCAGAGGAGGUUCUCCAAAGAGAACUCUUACAAAGGCAAUCUGUCGUGCUGUGCGCUCACAUGAGAUAGAAUCUUCCCUGGAUCCCCGAGGACUCGGAAGAUUUUACCUGUUUAUUAACACCAGGACCCAGGAGCUGAAUGCUGUAAGUAUCCUUUCCCUUCAGCUUCAGUUCUCGCCGUUUGGGGGGAUGCAAUUAGAGGCCGACCCUACGGUCUGCUGAUUGUGAAAGCAGAAUUUUUCUUUCGGGGGGGGGGGGGGGGGGGGGGAAGAAAACCAACAACAAAACCACGCCUGCAGAGGACCUCGUGGCAAAAGGAUGCUUUCCAGGUCCCUGUGCGUGCCCCUUAAGCAGAGGGGGGGGCUCGGACGGUGCCGCUGCCAUCAACAGCUCACCUGGACGUGCAGCCAGCGGGUGCCUUCCCCUCCUCUACACAAACCAAAAAGCAUUUUUGGGGUGUUAAACCCUGCGGGGGGGGGGGAUACCCGCAGGGAUCGCUGCCGGUCUCUUAGCAGUGCCUGUGUGUUUGUGGCUGCUGAAAGCCUCCUUGAGGGAGGUGGUGGGGAAAUUGCAGGCCCCCCAGCCUCCCCUCCGCGUUCGGGGUGGUCGCCUGGGCUCUGGCCUUUCAGCUGCGUUCGGUUCGUCACGUCCCUACAAGGUGCUCUGAGAACAGCCUGGGGGGGGGGGGGGGGAGCCAUAGGGUGGGGACUGUGGUGCGCUGGCUGAUCAGUCGUGUGUGGGAUCCGGGCCUCGAAUCUCGUUAGUAAAUGACCUUUUUGGGGGGUGAGGAGCUCGUGCUUUUGUGCUGCUGGGAGAACACGUGUAGAGCGUGAGUAACUCUGCGUCUCCCGGCUGCUGCCCUGGGCCGGGGAGGAGGGGGAGAGGCAGGGGGGGCAGGGAUGCUUGGCAUCGUGCUCCCCACACCCGUGAUUCUGUCUGCUCCGUGCCGUGGACCCGACCCCCAGGACGGGCGUGGGGGGGGGCUCAGCCAGACCGGGGGUCAGGCCGAGCCUCACGGGGCAGGGGGCUACCCCAGAGCCCUGUCAUUCCUCACCGCCUGGGGCUGGGGGGGACAGCGACCGCAAAAACCGAUGUUCUUUUUCGUGCUGUAGGUGGGAAAGGAAGGGUUUGGCUUUUUUUUUUUUUAAUUAUUUUCUUUUAUUCCCUACCCCCCCCUCCCUUUGCUCCCCGUACCUUUCCAAAACAGAACGGCGUGCCAAAGUGACGCGGUUGGUGUUCCGCGUGGCAGCCCGGCCCCGGUGGGCUGGGGGGAGGGAAGGAGAGCAGCCCUGGGGGUUCCCCCAGCGUGCCACCCAUCAGCACCCCGUGCCACGUCCAGGCGCAGCCCUACCCACGCCAGCUUUCCACACGCGGGGCAGCCAAGCCCCGUUUUGAUCCAUCCCCCAUUCUGUGUUGCCCCUCUACCCACCCCAGAGGCGGCUGGUGGCACGACGGAGCUUUUGGCCAGCUAGAAAAGCAGCCACGGGGAGACGGGGAGGGCCCCCCCCCGGCCUCCUCCCCGAGCUUUCCAGCUACAUGAGCAUCGUUAGCGCGCCAGGAAUCACGGCAGCAUCGCUUUGGCUUUGCUAAUUAACCGCCGAGAGGCACGGCCCCUGCUCCCGGGUGGGGGAGAGGCAGCUUCGCCCCGGCGACACCUCCCCGAGUGACCGGGUAAAGCGACGCCCGGCAAUGCCUGCAAACAUCCUCCCUCAAAAAAGCAAAAAAAUAAACAACAAAACACCAUCCACACCCCCCCCCCUCCUCGGGCUGCCCAGUGCUUGAGGCGACUAAAUGGGGGUGACCACGAGGGAACCCCCCGGCCCCAAGCCCAGCUUGGCCGUGACCAGUGCAGGGCACUCGAAAGAAAGCAACGGAUAGCAAGCUCAGGCUCUUGUUAGCUGGAUAUAUUUCUCUUCUUUUUUUUUUUUUUUUUUUUUUUUUUUUUUGUUGUUGUUGUUGUCGUCGUCGGGUUGGUUUUUCACAGAACACGUCGCAGUAGAGGAAAACGUGGCGUGGCAGCCCGUGGGCCCAGCGCUGGCACCUCACCCCGGCGCAGGACCCGCCGGCAGCACGCUGCGCCCAUCGCGAUUCACCGCUUUCAUUUGCUGGGGUUUGGUUUUGUUUUGUUUUUUUGUUUUUUUUUUCUGCCUUUUUAUUUUUAUGGUUGGGUUUCUGUUGGUUGGUGGUUUGUUGUUUUUUUGUUUUGUUUUGGUUUUUUUUUCUUUUUUUUUUUUUUUCUUUUUCAACAUUUCUCAAGCUUUCUCCGAAGGAAUGGCCACUGGCUCUCAGCUAGCACAAGGAGACUACGGAAGAGCUCUGGGACACGUGGGAUGGUUUCCUUCUCCUGCCUCGCAGCUGACUUGGUCGAGAUCGUUUUCCAACUCAUUUUUUAUUAAAAAAAUAAAAAAAUGCUCCAACUAUCAGUUUUACAAGGCAUACAAAAUCUCUAAAAGGGAAACACAAGCGCAAGGUGCUGAGGUACGAAAACCUGAGGUAGUUUUUGUGUGUGGGUGUAUGCAUGUGUUGUGUGGGGUGGUUGUUUUAGUUUUUGAAUUUGGAAAAAAAUUUUGCUGGUUGUUCUUCCAACCUCUUGUAAAUCUGUUGGGGUUUUUUGGUUGGGGUUUUUUUUGUUGGUUCCCCCCCCCCCCUCCCUUAUCCCCUCCUGUCCCUGCAAGAGGGAUCUUUCCCCAAAGCUCCGUGCCCAAAGCGGGCAGGGCUGGUGCUGCCCGUCCUUUCCCAGGGAUGGGAGUGCUGAGCAGGGCUGGGUCGGGCAGCGAUGGGGAGACAGAGGGGACAGACAGACAGCUGGAAAGGGGGGACAGAACAGAUGCAAACCCCAGUUUUGGACUCGGUGAAGCAAAGAAGAAAGGGCGUGUGAAAGAGAGAUUCUUCUUUUAGGAGACGGUAUCCCUUCUGUUGGCUCAUACAGGCACUGCUCUUCUCAAAGCCCUUAAGAAAUUGCUUUUUAACACUCAUUUAAUUUUAUUUUUUUUUCUUUUCCCCUGCUGGCAAUCCUACAUCUCUGCUCUACUGUGCAUUUAGAGAACCAACAGUCUAGCUCGUUUCCUUAAAACUCUAGAAAAGCCUGCUUUUGCUAAAAAAAAAAAACAAAACACCCCCCCCCUCCCCGACCCCUUUGAAAUUAAAACCAAACGAACAAAAAAAAAAAAAAAUUCUUAAAAAUUUUAAAAAUCGGCGUUAGUUUCAUUAUCGAUAUAUUAAUUCUAAAAUGGCUGAGUGCCGCGCUGUGCGCCGCAGCCCCCCCCACGCCGGGCGAGCUCCUCCGGCCGUGCCUGGAUGAAACAGGUGGCUUUUAGGAAAUUAAAAAGAAGGAAAACAAAACCGAAAAAAAAAAAAAAAAAAACAAACAA